UUGCUUCCCGCGUACCGUACUCGGCACUCAUCGGUGGCGUCGAGUCUAGUCCACUUUUCUCGAGACCAGAAGACACACUGAACCCCUCUGAAUACCUACCUCCUACCGUACUUUACCUUCUCUCGCCAGACGGGACGACAUGUGUUGAGCGGCAUUCUUCUGGUGCCCAGGUGUGAUUGUGAAUUUCGGUUGUGAUUGUGAUUGUUGUGAGGCUUGCAGGGUUUCGACACAGCAACCAUAACCUUGCCGGCGUGACAACCGCAAUUAGGUGUCAACGCACUUUCGUCAGGUCUGCAGCAACUGGCCUCACCGAGUCACCGACAGACACAACAACAACGACAACGCGGAGAGCACGGAUGGAACACGCACGUCGCCAGCGAAGGACGCUUCCCACUCGCAACCAUCACCGAUAGCCCCAACUUCCAUCGCGAACUGGACCACUGGUUCAAAGCAACGACAAAAACGGCCCAGGGUACCCUGUGUAAACAGUCCUACUCAUGGACGAACCACCUCCACCACCGCCGCCACCUCAUGGCGCAAACCCCCGGCCACCGGGCGGUGGCCUCCCAGAUGGCAACUACGACAUCUUCAUCAUCCCUCCGCACUCCGCCGGCUCCGGUUUUCUCUACUUACCUUCGAUGCAACCUCAUCGAAACAGCUUUCUUGCUGGCGUAGCAUCCACUCUGCUGGCCGUCGGUCUCUACACGCUCGUCACUCCCGUCAUCAAGCAGUGGCUACUCCUGAUAGCAGCCGGCGGAGCGGGCGUGGGUGUGUCAGUCCUGGUGCUGGUCGUUGGCGUGAUAGCAUGGGCUCUGGGCAAGUCACAAGCAGGGAGCAGCUCCAGCUCGAAUUCGGAAAAUGGUGGAAGCGCUGGUGGUAAUGGCCCCCAUCAGCGCUCAAAGUACACGGGGCCGCCACCAAAUAGCUGGCAACAAGCUCCUCCUCCUCCUCCUCCUCCUCCGCCGCCGCAGCCUGAGUACAACGCUCCGCCCCCGCCGAGGCCCGAGUAUCAUGCUCCGCCACCGCCACCGCCGAGGCCCGAGUAUCAUGCUCCACCACCGCCACAGCCGGAGUAUCACGCUCCUCCACCGCCGCGGCCUGAGUAUCAUACCUCACCACCGCCACAGCCUGCGUAUCAAGCUCCACCGCCACCAAAACCCGAAUACCAGGCUCCACCGCCUCCUCCACCUCAGCCAGAGCCGCCCAAAGCAGCACCCAAACCGGAACUUAAACCGGAACCCAAACCGGAACCUAAGCCGGCACCCAAACCGAUGCCUAAAGCGAAUGAGACCAAAACCGCAUGGGAGAAGGCUCGAGAGGAAACGCGGAAACGAGAGGAGGAGCGACGGCGAGCAGAGGAGCUCAAGAAGAAGCGAGAGGAGGCGCAGAAAUUGCGUGAGGAAGCAGAGCGAGCAGCAAAAGCAAAAGCGGAAAAGGAGAAAUGGGAGCAGGCGCGUGCUCGAGAGAAGGAAACACGAGAACGAGAAGCCCGAGAACGAAUUGCGCGUGAGAGGGAGGCGCGUGUGAAGGAGCAGAGAGAGAAGGAGCAGAAGGAGCGUCAGGCGCGAGAAGAAGCCGAAAAGAAGAAGGCGGAUUGGGAGAAGGCCAAGUUGGCCGAGAAGGAAAGAGCAGAACGCAUACGAGCAGCUGCAGCGGCGGCGGCCAGUGUUCGCUCUACUCCCACCAAAACACCUACCGCGCCUUCGGUAUACGAGAGGCCGACAGCGAAGUCGCACGCUGGUACAGAGACGACGUACUCGUAUCGUCCAUAUGAAAAGGCCAAAUCCGCUGCCUUUACUUCGUCGGCAUCUUCCAUAUCUGGCUUGAGCGAGAGCAGCUAUGCACAGAGUGUUAGUACCGCUCGUACGACUCCUCCGCCGUCCAUGAGAGGGCCUUACACGACCACCGAUCCCAACAAGAUUCAGAUCAGGGCUGUAUACCUGUUCAGCGAUAGCUCCCCGACAAAGCCACUAUCUCAGCUCGUGGCCAAUGAAGGACCCGUGACUGAUGGGCUGAUUCUUCAUAUCAAGACCGAGGGCUUGUUCAUCGACGAUGACGUUCGUGAAGUGCCCCAGCGCGAGUGGGAUGUGAAGGCCUGGACAUUGAAGGUGGUCGAAGAUGGUGUGACCAAGGCUCAAGGCGGUGCUUUGCACGUCCUUCGAGCGACGACGAGAGAUACCGAGAACAAGAGGUAUACUUUUGUGUUGGAUGAGACGGAAGCGUGGAAAGUGGCCGUGGGACUGCAGCGCCUCAAGGCUGGAAGUCAAGUGAGAGCACUGGAUCUGCGUGGCAUGAAGGAAGCCGAAGUCAGACGAGUGUUGGGAGGUCUCGGAUGGGUUUGAAGGAUGGACUCAAUUCUGGAUUGGAAUGUGGGCUUUGUAGAAUGAUGCAUGAUGGAAUGAAGCUGCGGCAUUCAGCGGAGGGCGUUUACGUUAUGGGUGAGCGAUUUCUUGAUUCCCCGGUGUGUUCAUCGACUAGGACCAAUCGUCCUUGGAAGAGAACACUUUGUGUAUAGUGAGUGUUGUAUAUACCCGACGACGAAGC